AAACUUUUCUGUCACUCAGAGUCUUUCCUUCCUUCCUUCUUGUUUCUCCUAUAGUAAGCUCUCCAGGGCAUAUCAGAAUACUUCGAACUAUCAGAUUCGACCCCACUCUUUCUCCUUCAAAAGACACUGAGGACAAAGACUAACAAAGGUAAACAAAUUAUGCGCAAGGACAGAAAGGAUAUUGCUUCAAUGGUUUCCCUAUGGGUUUGUAGCUAUGCUUAGAUCCAAGAAAGGCAGAUCCCUAACACUGUGCAAGACCUAUACAGUGUAUUUCAGCUCUGCUACCAAACGACUUGGGGAGCAAGUAAAAGCCUUACGAGCAUGAACUUAACAUCGCAGUUGUGAUUCCGUGCAAUCCAAGCUGCACAGCUCGGUGUGUGCUCUUCUUUCUGGAAGAAGUUAUGCAGAGGAAGUUGUUGUAACCAUUAGACAGAUCCUUCCAAUUCCCGCUGGUAUCUCUCCAAAAGAUGCAGCUGCUUUCUCCGAAGUGGCACGCACUGUCUGGUCGACUGUCUUCACGAUGGGUCGUCUCUCCCCUGGUGAAUUGUUCGUGGUGUUCACUUCUUCCUGUUGCUAUAAUAGUACUAUGUAUAUUCAGUAAGAUGUCAUGGUUCAUGGGGGUUCAAGUGGGAUUGGGACGUUUGCAAUUUCAUAUGGCUAAACAUCAGGGAGUGAGAGUAUUUGUCACGGCAGAAAUAAAACUAAGUAGUCUACUUCCAAAGCGUCUCACUGUAUUAGUUUCUAAAGGAGCUGAGUUAAGACCAAGAACAAAGCGGUUGUUGUACGCGGAAGUCGAGAAGACUGUUUGGCCAGCGAUAGGAGCGGGGAAGGUAAAACCAAAGUUGAUACAAGUAUUUACCGUUGUCACAAGCAGCAGAAGCUCAUAGCCUUAUGGAGAGUAGUAAUCAUAGGUCAGAUUCUACUUGUGACUUGAUUCCUCUGAAAAGUGAUACAUGUGCAGAGACAAGAAUCAUGUUGGAUAAAUAAAUAAAAGUCUGGUAUAUCAUGCUCAUUGUUGUUCAGGAGAGCUUUAUGUAUCUCUGUUUUAGAGAAAAGGAAAAUAUGUAACUAUUGAACAAUAUGAUUCAUCAGAUAAGCUGUCUACAAGUCUCUCUUUAC